CUACAGUAGUACUAGUAUGUCCUACACGAGUGCACUCGAAUUUCUCAACGCAACAUGUCACGGCUCGGCAAGAAGGAGCGGGUAGACCGGUCUCAGAUCAACUACUCCCUCGUCGAGGGGGCCGCCAUGAACGACAUUGCCAAGCUCGACGCAGCAUUGGAGCAAGGUGCCGAGGUCGACUGCCGCUACGAAGGAUUCACGCCGCUGUAUCUGGCCGUGAUGAAAGGAUAUACGAAGGCGGCCCGUCGACUCUUGCUUCACGGCGCCGGAACCGAAACACUAUGCAAUAAACACCGAACAGCCAUUAUGAUUGCGGCAAGUCGUGGGCAGAAGCGAUCGGUGAAGUUACUUCUGGAACACCAUGCUGACGUUCAUCGGACAGACGAAGUGCGACCAACCAGCACUUGACGAUUUCAACCUGACCUUGUGUGUUUACGUUCUAGUGUGGGGCUACAGCGAAACAAUUAGCGCUCAGGAAUGGACAUGCCGACGUGGCAGCGCUGCUGCUCGAAGCGGAAAGCGCCAAUGCGACUCGGGAUUCUCGCCUUCGCGCGCAUCUGCUGCCAUAAUAUUCCCCAUUUAUCUCAACCUUGCCAAUCCUUGUCGUUGUUCAUGGGGACGACUCCAUCGAUCAUUCUCACUAACGUUAAGUUGGGAUCAUCUAUUGAGCCGAGC